CGGGGAGGGGGAGAGCUGUGAAGAUGGCGGCAGUGGUGGAGGUGGAGGUUGGAGCCGGUGCUGCCGGAGAACGGGAGCUGGAUGAGGUGGAUAUGUCAGAACUCUCUCCAGAGGAGCAAUGGAAGAUCGAGCACGCACGCAUGCAUGCCAAGCAUCGCGGCCACGAAGCCAUGCACGCUGAAAUGGUCCUCAUCCUUAUUGCUACUUUGGUGGUGGCCCAGCUGCUCCUGGUGCAGUGGAAACAGAGACAUCCCCGCUCCUACAAUAUGGUGACCCUCUUUCAGAUGUGGGUUGUUCCCCUCUAUUUCACAGUGAAGCUGCACUGGUGGAGGUUCCUAGUGAUCUGGAUCUUGUUCUCCACUGUCACAGCCUUUGUCACCUUCCGAGCCACCCGAAAACCACUAGUCCAGACAACCCCAAGGUUGGUUUAUAAGUGGUUCCUGCUGAUCUAUAAAAUCAGCUAUGCCACUGGCAUCGUUGGCUACAUGGCUGUCAUGUUUACCCUCUUUGGUCUUAACUUAUUAUUCAAGAUCAAACCUGAAGAUGCUAUGGACUUUGGCAUUUCUCUCCUCUUCUAUGGCCUCUACUAUGGUGUUCUUGAGCGGGACUUUGCAGAAAUGUGUGCAGACUAUAUGGCAUCGACCAUAGGGUUCUACAGCGAGUCGGGCAUGCCCACCAAGCACCUCUCGGACAGUGUGUGUGCCGUGUGUGGGCAGCAGAUCUUUGUGGAUGUCAGUGAAGAAGGCAUCAUCGAGAACACGUAUAGGCUGUCUUGCAAUCACGUAUUCCACGAGUUCUGCAUCCGUGGCUGGUGCAUUGUGGGAAAGAAGCAGACAUGUCCCUACUGCAAAGAGAAGGUAGACCUCAAGAGGAUGUUCAGCAACCCCUGCCUCUCCAAGCAAGAGCAGAGCCAGGAUGCCGAGCAAUCCUGGGAAGCCAGACAGCUGCUGACCUCUGUGACUGUCCUCUCCUCAGACCCCAGCCCUCUUCGGGCCCUGCUCCUCUGUGCCCACAUCAUCUCCCACCUGGCUAGAGCCACACCUGUGCCUCAGGCCACCACAGCUGCCUCACCUGGGAUGGCAAAGGCCCCCUGCUCCUCACGGCCCCCAGCGCUCCCAGCAGCUAAGCAGUGCCCAGCACUGACAGUGACCUGGCCAGCGGUGGAAGUCUCACCGAAUGGAACGCUGACCUUGUCCUGUACUGCCUGCAGCCGCUUCCCCCACUACAGCAUCCUCUACUGGCUGGGCAACGGCUCCUUCAUCGAGCACCUCCCAGGCCGGCUGUGGGAGGGCAGCACCAGGCGGGAGUACAGGGGCAAGUGGACCCAGCUGUGGAGGCCCUUGGUGCUGGAGGAGCUGAGCCCUACCCUGCGAGAUACCAACUUCUCCUGUGUUUUCACGGAUCCUGGGCAGACUGUCCAGCGUCACCUUGUCCUGGCCCAGCUCUGGGCUGGGCAGAAGACAAGUGUGCCCCUGCCACAGGAAGCCCCGCCCUCCAGCCAGGCCCCUCUGCCGCACCAUCCUGAUGGUGAACCUGAGUUCCACCGCCACCUGGUUGAAACACCACCUCUUUACUGAGGUCCAGGCCACAGUCUGCAUCGAUUUAAUGUAUUUGUUUCCUCUGUGGGCUCCUGGGAUGCGGGCAGAGGCUGCUUCUGACCCACCUCUGUAUCUCUGUCAGCCAAGCAAGGCCCAUGGGGGGCAUUCAUAAACCAUC